CAGGUAACAUAAAAAUAUAAAUCUCCAAAUAGGAGCUGAAAGCCUGGAAAAUUGUAACCAAUCGUGGCAUUCCUCCCUGGUUCCCCCCUUUCCUCCGACUCGGCUUCGAGUUGGAUUCUCUCCCGUGCUGCUCCGCCGCGGUCUACGCCGCCGCACCUCCAUUUUCACCCUCCGGUUGGUAAUCGGGAUAUCUCCAGGUCUUCAUUUACCGCCCGUACUUUCUGACGGAAUCAAAUCACGCCGAGGCCGGCCAACGCCAUUGGGGAAGAUCCGUACUACAAUCUAGAGAGUAGGUCAAUAAUGGAAGGUCUUCAUCGGAGCAGAAUCAACAGGCAGAAGAAGAUGGAGAUGAUUGGAAGCAAGCAACUCAAUAAUGGAGAAAUGAGGCUUUGAAAAUCCUGGACAGACUUGACAGCGAUUCCAAAUCCAGAAUGAUGCUUGCAUUACGUGGCUGUUUUUUCAAACAAAAGAUCAAGAAACAGACCCGGUAUGACGCCAAUGCUCGUCUGGCUUCAGAGACUCCUUUCACGAUCAAUGAAAUAGAGGCUUUGUACCAUCUGUUCAAGAAGCUAAGCAGCACCAUAAUUGAUGACGACCUUAUUCACAAGGAGGAAUUCUUAUUAGCACUUUUCAGGAGUAGGAAUACUAACAACCUUUUUGCUGAGAGGAUUUUUAAUCUGUUUGAUAUAAAGCACGAUGGAGUGAUAGAGUUUGGUGAAUUUGUUCGCUCGUUAACCAUCUUCCAUCCUCGAACUUCGGUAGCUGACAAAAUAUCAUUUGCAUUCAGGCUAUACGAUCUUAGAGAAACUGGCUACAUAGAACGGGAUGAGUUGAAGGAGAUGGUACUUGCUAUCCUGAGUGAAUCAGACUUAACACUUUCCGAAGACACCAUCGAGUCCAUGGUCGAUAAGACACUUGCAGAAGCAGAUUUGAAUGGUGAUGGAAAGAUUGAUGAACAGGAAUGGGAGGAACUAGUAGCAAAGCAUCCAUCUCUCAUAAAGAACAUGACAAUUCCAUACCUAAGGGACUUGACUGUUGCAUUUCCAAGCUUUGUUCUGAACACUGAAGUUCCUGACUGAAGGCAAAUUGUAACUGUCAUUCUCCAGGAGAACUAAUAAAAAAGAGACUUGCAAGUAUGAUAUAGCAUGUCUAAACUUUAUAAUGAAAGCAUUCUACCAUUUUUUUUUCUUCCUCUUAGCUUGUAAAAGGUGAAAUCUGUGUACUCUAAUACUUCCUUGCUUCCUCUUUUCAACAAAAUGAAAGAGUGUAGUUGAAUACCCUAUUGGGUUGUUUUUUAUUAUAUCCAUUAUUAUCUAUCACGAAUAGUUUUUUCUUUUAUCUUUUUUAGCUAGCACGUCACGAGAAUUCAUAUAUAAUGUAGUAUUACAAAUACCGAAC